GUCCAAUACGCUACGUCGCGAAGCCAGCUCCAAGCGGGCCUCAGUUUACGACAGACUUUUAACGAAGGUGCAUGCCGCUUUUCGCCUUGUUGUGACCGAGUGCAUGGUGUUGUGGGAUAACAUAACUAAUAAUUGUUUAGUGUCGUGUUUGUGUAGUGUAACGUUGGUGUAACCGGGGUUCCAAAAGUUAUUGUGAUGCAGUGGAGAAUAUACGCAUGGCUGUCUUGUAUAGCCCUGGUAGGAUAUGUUCGAGCGACAGAGGACGGUGCCGCCGGCGUGCAGCCGACGGAGACACUCCACAUUCAGCACGACGGUCCUCUCGCCUCCGACAAGGAUCUCUUCAUCGACGAUGACGGCUCGGGCGUAGAGAUCGACGAGAGCUCGGGCUCCGGUUACGGUCCAGGCCCUGGCCCCGACGACGAAGACAGCCGCGGCUCAGGUGACGUCCCGGACGCGCCCGAGGAUGACGAAGACUACACACGAACCACGGAGGCUCCGAUACCCACAAUAUUCCAUACGAAUCCGUCCAAUCCGGACGAAUCAGAGCCUCUGACCCCACCUUUAGUGCAGCCCAUCGAUGUAUUUAGUCCGAGGAUAUUGUCAAGUAACCCGAGCGAACAAGAACCGCGCGGCGCGGGGGAGGAUCAGCCCUCGCGCCCGGAUAUCUCUGGAGACAUCAACUUGUCUGGAGAAACCGAUAUAAUAAGCCAAGCGGGAUCAAACCUAGAGCCAGAGACGCGGCCGGCGGACAGCGGUGUGUUAAUCAUGGACACGCCCCACGAGGACCGCGCAACCAGCUUCUUCGCACAACCGGGCAUACUAGCUGCCGUAAUCGGUGGAGCCGUAGUAGGACUUCUAUGCGCGAUUCUGGUAGUAAUGUUCAUAGUAUAUAGAAUGAGGAAGAAGGAUGAAGGUUCAUAUGCUUUGGACGAGCCUAAGAGAAGCCCGGCAGCAGCAUCGUAUGGGAAAGGUCACAACAAUCGAGAAUUUUAUGCGUGAGACGACACAGAACAUCCUAUGCCACCAAUUUUUUAACUAACAGAUAAACAAGAUGGCCGCACGCUGUUUUGACGUUUUUAAAUUUUGACAUGACUGAUAAUUUUCCUUACACAUUAUCCUGUGGCUAAAUGUUCUGUGGUCGGUGUUCUUACUAAAAAUUUCAACAUCUGUACUGAUUGUACUGAUCUGUACAAAUCAUGUACAUUUAAAAUGUUGUUUAAAAAUCGAAUUAUGCAAAUUGCAUAUAAAUUAUAUCAAUUAAGACCAAAUAUUAAACUAUCGUUAAGAUAGUCUCGAUAUUACAAUGUCUUCAUAUUUCGAGACCAAUAAGUGUUUGGAGUGUAACUAAUUUUGUAUUUGAAUGGAGAUCUUGUAAGUUUCUGUAUAAAAUGAAUGUGCCAUUCGCUUCUUUUUAAUUGUACAUUUGCCAAUAUUGUGUCGUAGUGUUUUUCAUAGACUAUAUAUAGUCUAUGGUAUCGUCCAUAUCUUGUUUGUUCUGUAAUCUAUAAUGAAUCUAAUAUCCUGUAUUAAGGGCCAAUUGAUUUAUAUCCAGAUAAUAUUAAUAACUAUCUCAAAAUCUUAUGAAUUGUCUUAUGUAUUAAAUUACAAACUUAUCAAAUAUUAAAUAUUAGGGCUUUUGAUAAAUGACUAACUAAAAGAUAUAUAUGGCUACCUAUUUAUUAUUUUCAAUUGUUAUUACAUAGAAUAAAAGUAAUAAUAGUUAUCGUAAAUCCUUUUUAAUAUUAAAAUUAUAUAUAAUAUCACUUUUAAUAUAUACGAUUUUGAUAUAUGCUUGUAUCAUGUUCUGCCGUAAAAUAAAAUACAGUUACUCUUUUUUAUAUGUUCCUUUAGAUAAGUAAAAUAAAUUUCUUAACUAUAUGUAAAAAAUAUGACAAUUCAGAUUUUUUAUUUUUUAUUCUUAUUUUCUAUAUUGAAUCUGUAUGUUAUAUAAUUUUUAAACCAGGUUGUGCAAGCCAGUCUACUUUUUAUGAUACUUUUGUGACUUGUGCCAUUUUUAUUCUAUUAACUAUGUAUGCUACUAUACUGUAAUCAUUUUACAUAAUUUUAUUGAUCAUCUCAGUCAUAGAUAUACCAAAUAUUUUGACAUUUAACGCGAUUUUUUAUUAAUUAUGGUAUAAUCACAAAUAAAUAAAAGAGCCAGAUCAUCAGUUGCAAGUAAGAAAGAAAGAAAUAGAGAAUAAAGUAGGAACAAUUAAUAUUUAUAGAUUCUGUGGCAAGCAACCUGUUUGGUUUCUAUAUUUUAUGUUAUGUCUAUGACUUAGAUAAGUACAUUAAAAAUAAAUUAAAUUAUGAUAACCGUAUUUUAAUUUCUUGUGUAUUGGACUUGAACAUAAUUUACACUUUUAAUUUAAAAUUUUACUAUAGUUUCUGGCAAUUAAUUUAUUGUUUUACUAUAAGGGGCAUUGUUAAGUGAUUGCUUAUAUAAAACUGUAAUAUAUUAACAAUUAUUAUUAAGCACUAAUACACUGUAAUGAACAAAAAUUAGAAUUGGUUGCAACUAAAAGCUUACAUUCCCACAAUAGCAUGGAUUACGCUCACAUAGUGUAAAUGUAAAUUGUAAUUGUAUAUUGUUAUAGGGGAUAAUAUAAGUUAUAAAUAGUUGAAAUCUGUCACCAAAUAACUCUUGUUUAAAACUUGACAUUUACUAUAAAGUUCCCAUGAACUGGAAUUAUAUUCUCAUUCAUCAAAUUUAUAUGGAAGUAAACCUCAGAUCGACAGAGUAUAAGCGGAAAGAGAACCGGCGUGGCAGUUAUGCGAAUUUUACUCGUCUUUGAUUUAUUCGUAUUAGGUAUGUCAUAUCAGACGAUUUAUGUCGAACUAUAAUGUCGUAACUGAGUUGUCAACAUGACAAAAGCAUACUGCAGCAAACCCACGUUCUGUUUACGCACAAUGUGACCGUAAAGGCCUUACGUGACACGGACCAGAAUUCCACUAAUUUGUCUGACCUAUAUAAAUUAUAAUUAAUUCCUACUGUAUUUCUUCUUUGACAUUAUAAUUUAAUAACAUUUUUUUUGUCAUUGUUAAUGUUAGGAUCAAUAAUUAACCUUACAGUGUGGUUAAAGUAAUUAAAAAAGUUAUUCUUUGUUUUCUUUAGGGUUUAGAAAGUUAAGUCGGCUCAUGCCUUGUUAAAUGUCGUAAGAUUCGACUGCUGUCAAGUACUGGCAAGAGCUAGCACCCGGAUAUUUGCUUAAUAAUAAAUCUGAUUCUUUAUAAAUUAAGGUCUGACAAAAUAGUGGCAAAAAUAGGCCUUUUUACUGUAUAUUGUUAAAUAUGCUGUAUAGGAAAUAAAACUUCAUCACACUUGCAUUACCUAUAAUCAAGGCCUAUACAAAAUCUUUGAUCUAUGAAUCUAUGAUCUAUAUUGUAUUCCUAGAAAAUAUUAGAAGCUUUGACGUGAAUACCUUUAGUAAUAAUUUAUUAGAAUUGGCAGCUGUUUGAUUUCAUAUUGUAAUUAUUUCAAUGCCUUUUUAUUUUAUAGCCGAGCAGGUACAGUUAACAAAAAAGUUUUUAAUCAUCAUGAUAUUGAAUCAUGUAAAAGUACCUAUUCUCACAUAGUUUUUUACAAGUGGUCUGUAUCAUAUGGAUAAACUGAUGUAUUAAAAUUACCUUCAUACAAAUGUCGAAGAGUGCAAUUUUAGUGGUUUUGCUCAUGGCUUCAAUAACAUAUAUAUAUACUAAGGUAUAAUUUUAAACUUAUUAAAUAGUAUGUGUACUGUACCCAAUAUCAAGUAAGACGUUUUGUAUUGUACAAUUCUGUCUUUAAUGGAAUGUAUUAACAAUAAUUUGUUACUAAAAAGGCAAUGGAAUGAAAAGAAGCAAUUUUAUCUUUAAACUAAUGUGUAAGUUAAGGUAGGGUAAACACGGAUGUCCACCUUGUAAAUACGCUCCUUUACACUUAGGUAAAUAUACAGGUCAAUAAGAAA